AUGUCAGCUAAAAUAGAAAGGAUAUUUUCCGGUCCAGCUUUAAAAGCCAAUGAAGCCUUGGACCAUUUACCCAAAAUAUACAACGUUUACUUUAUUGCCAGCAUUUCCACCAUUGCGGGAAUGAUGUUUGGUUUUGAUAUUUCGUCGAUGUCAGCAUUUCUUGGGACUGAUCCUUAUUUGAAUUACUUUCAUUCACCUAGCUCAACAAUUCAAGGAUUUAUUACUUCAUCAAUGGCCUUGGGUUCAUUCUUUGGAUCGAUCUUCUCCACAUUUGUUUCUGAGCCAUUUGGUAGAAGAUUAUCCCUUUUGACUUGUGCCUUAUUUUGGGUUGUUGGUGCUGCUAUUCAAUCUUCAUCUCAAAACAGAGCACAAUUAAUCAUUGGUCGUAUCAUUUCUGGAUUGGGUGUUGGUUUUGGUUCUUCGGUUGCACCAAUUUAUGGUGCUGAAUUGGCACCAAGAAAGGUUAGAGGUUUGAUUGGAGGAUUUUUCCAAUUUGCUGUUACCUUGGGUAUCUUGAUUAUGUAUUUCAUUUCAUACGGACUAGGCAAGAUCAACGGGGUUGCUGGGUUUCGAAUUGCUUGGGGUAUUCAAAUUGUUCCUGGACUAUGCUUAUUCUUGGGUUGCUUCAUCAUCCCUGAAUCCCCUAGGUGGUUGGCAAAGCAAGAUAAGUGGGAAAAAGCAGAAUUUAUUGUUUCCAAGAUUCAAGCCCAUGGUAAUAGAGAAGAUCCAGAAGUUUUGAUUGAAAUUUCUGAAAUCAAGGACCAAUUGUUGAUUGAAGAGGCGGCUAAAUCCGUUGGAUAUGCUACUUUGUUCAGAAAGAAAUACAUUAUGAGAACAUUUACUGCUGUAUUCGCCCAGAUCUGGCAACAAUUGACUGGUAUGAAUGUCAUGAUGUACUACAUUGUCUAUAUUUUCGAAAUGGCUGGUAAAUCAGGAAAUGCCAACUUGGUGGCGUCGUCAAUCCAAUACGUGUUGAAUGUCGUUUGCACAAUACCGGCUUUGUUUGUCUUGGAUAAGAUUGGAAGAAGACCAUUGUUGAUUGGUGGUGCAUUGAUGAUGGCGGCAUGGCAGUUUGGUUUGGCUGGUAUUUUGGGAACUUAUGCCGUUCCAUGGAUUGACUCGCCAAGCGAAACCGUCACCAUCAAGAUUCCAAAAUCGAAGUUACCUGCUUCCAACGGUGCCAUUGCUUGUUCAUAUUUAUUUGUAUGUGCUUAUGCAUUUACCUGGGGUGUUGGUAUCUGGGUGUAUUGCUCCGAAAUUUGGGGCGAUAACAGAAUCUCACAAAGAGGUAAUGCUGUUUCCACUGCUGCCAAUUGGAUUAUGAACUUUGCAAUUGCGAUGUAUACUCCAUCUGGGUUCAAAAAUAUUGAUUGGAGAACAUAUAUCAUCUAUGGUGUCUUUUGUAUUGCUAUGGCUAUCCAUGUGUUUUUCGGAUUCCCAGAGACUAGAGGCAAGAGAUUGGAAGAAAUUGGACAAAUGUGGGAAGAGAAAGUACCAGCUUGGAGGUCAGCUUCAUGGCAACCAACUGUACCAUUGGUCUCAGAUGCUGAAUUGGCUAGGAAAUUGAGUGUUGAACAUAAUGAAGAGAAGCUCUUGGAAGAAAACUCAAAUACUGAUGAUGAUCAGAGUUAG